AUGAAUAACGCAAACCCUACUACUGUUUCUGUUGGAGCUGGUGUUGGUCAUCGCUCUGCAUCGGGAGAUGCAAGUUUUGGUUCUGGUUCAUCUUUGUCGUCUCUACAAAAUGAACAUAGCAAUGCAUUGAGCAAUGAUGCUCUGCAUAAUGGUAUUGAUGCUUGUAGCGAAGACGCUCGCAUUGAUCAGGCAUUGAGCGAUGACGCUCUGUCAACUCUUGAUAAUGAUACUAUCAUGAAUGAUAGUGGUGAGCUAUUGGAAUUUGAUUUCGAUAGUGAGAUCCAACCCUUGGGAAUGGAUCAUCAGGCUAGCAUGGCCAGGGACAUCAAGAUGUUGAGGAGAAGGCUUUUUGAGGCUACAAGGCUGUCUAUCACUAUGCCUGAGGAUGGCACGCUUGCAUCCAAUGCUGGGGCCCUGAAACGCCAAUUGAUCAUGGCUAAGGAAAACUACGAUUUGUUGUUUGAUGAUACUCCAAUGCUCUCCCCAUCUAUGGCCUAUUCCAAUGCUGCUAAUAGCAUAGUACCUCCAGAUACGCCAUAUAUUCAAUGGAAAGGACACAAGUUUAACAACAAGAAGUUUGUCUACCCUACCAUGGAUGCAUGCCUUCAACAAUUCCAGGAUGUACUGGAGUCUCGUGGUGUGUCGAUCGAAGCAAACUGGAAGAGAAUUAUUAAGCCGAAAAUGUCCACGGGUAUGUCUGCCUGGACAAGAGAAAUCAUACAAAAGUAUCCCGAAAUUACUUGGGGCCAGUUCAAGAGCAAGCUCAAGGUGAAAUAUAGCCCUUCGGAAGCAGAAGAAAGAAAAGCUGCACUCAAUAAGCUAAAGACGCUUAAAUUGGACAACUGUGACAAUCUAGAAGACUUCAUUGACAGGUUUAACUCCUUGAAGGACUUAGCGGGAGUCAAGGAAAAUACGUCUCUGGUAGACUAUCUGCUUCGUGGUCUGGAUAUCGACUUGUAUGGACCGGUGUCUAUGGGCAUUUCACAAGCCCGUUCCAAGGGAAGCGACACUUUGGAUUUUGCUAUCUCACAGUUGCGCAGUGCCUACGAUUUGUUGAGAAGAGAUGAUUAUUAUAGGCAGGAAAAGCAGAGAAAGGAUGCUGAACUGAACAAUAAGAUCAAGGAUGCGAUCAAGGCACAUCAGCGUGCUGAGGGCUCUGCUUCGUUGAGCAACAAGAAAACUCGUCGUGCUGGUCGCCGCCAUGACAAGCAAUCAAGAAAGAGGAAUGAUAGUCCUGGUGAAGUUCUUAAAUGUUAUGAUUGUGGUUUCACACCAUUUACGUAUGCGCAUAAGGCAUUAUGCAAGAAGAACCCCAAAAAUAUCAAAAAGAUAACAAAGAAGAAGAGCAAGUUGAUUGUGCCAAGACCUGCUUCCAAUGAUGAUACUGAUUCAUCAUCCUCUGAUGAGGAAAGUGAUCAAACUUUUGCUGUUGCCACAAUUUCUACAAAGGACAAGCAAAAGGAGGAAGUCGUAUCCAUGGAUACUGAUAGUGAAUGUAAGCAUUUGAAUAAUGAAUAUUUCAAAAAGAUGCCUAGUAAUAACAUGGACACUAAUGGACUUCUUUAUCUACCUGUGAUAUUAGAAUCAAAGAGUGGUGUUAAGGUUAACACAUGGUUUUUGUUGGACACUGGUUGUACAUUUAGUGCAAUCUCGCCCAAGUUACUUGAUUUCAUGCAAUUAAAUGUUGUAAAUAAAAAUGGUAUUAUUAAGCUGGCUCAAAGUAACACUGUUGUUAAUCGUAAAGGACAAACUGAAGAGGAACUAAAGAUCAAUUAUGGUUCCAAAGUUGUCUAUUCCAAAUUUGAAGUUUUUGACUUAUUUGAUGAUGUCCAUUGCGUGUUUGGCAUGGAUCUAUUAUAUAAAGUUGGUAUUACAUUGGGUAAUAUUGCUGCAGAUUGGUCUGAUCGAAUUGGAUAUGAGAUUCCUGAUAUUGAACCCAAUCCAUACAAACCAAAUGAGGAUCCUUAUGGAUCUAAGGAAGAGCGUCAAUUGAUGAUGAAUGAACUACAGCCAUUCAUUGAUGCAAACACUAGUAUCAGCCCUAAAGCAUAUUGUAAUUUGCCUGAUAGCGAAAUUAGAUUGCCUAUAAAGAAGGAUACUCCACUUUCGGACACAUGUCGAAGACAAUUUCCAAUUGCUGAAGCAAUGCGACCUGUGAUCCAAAAGCAAGUUGAGAAAUGGCGUGAAAAUGGUGUGAUCAAACGAGCUAAACCUAAUACACCUCAUAACUCUCCCAUUUUCACUGUACGCAAGAAGAACAGUGAGGGCGAAUACACUGGUAAAGAGCACCGUGUAGUGAUUGAUUGUCGGUUGAUUAAUAAUGCAUUGGAUCCAGAGAAGCUUGAACGUUUCCCAUUGCCUUUGAUAAGUGAUUUACAUCGUAAAAUGUCGAAGCAUUCCCUCUAUACGGUAAUCGACCUAUCGCAAUGUUUCCAUGCAUUUAAGGUAGCUAAGGCAUCAAGACCUUAUUUAACGUUUACCGACAUGAAUGGACUGACGUGGUCCUUCUCUCACUGCCCUUACGGAUUAACUAUGGUCUCAUCUCAUGCCCAGAAAAUUCUUUCUAAUUUGCUGGCUGAUCUAAGUAAUGUCUGUACACAUUUCAUCGACGAUGUCACGAUCCAUACUGAAAACGACCUACAAAAGCAUACAGAGGUUGUCAAAACAGUUAUUGAUCGUUUGACUAGAGCUAACUUACGUAUCAACACGGAAAAGAUGCAUAUUGCACAAAAGAGCAUCUAUAUUUUGGGUUUCUGCCUAUCUAGUAAUGGACUAGCACUCGAUCCACGAAAGGUUUCCAACGUAUUGGAUUGGGAUCCUGUCGUAAAGAGUAGUCGUGAGCUGAUGUCUCGCCUUGGAUUGAUCAAUUUCUUUCGAUCCAAUUUACCUUGCUUGUCAAGAUUGACAGCCCCACUAGAUAAGCUUCGAAACGCACAUGAUAUAACCAAAGUAUGGAAGCCGGAACACACUGCAUUGAUGAAGCAGUUGCAGGAAUUGUUAGUCAGCUCAGCAGUGUUGAGUGUGCCCAACUUGAAUUAUCCCAUAUGUGUUGUAACGGAUAGCUCUGCAUAUGCAAUUGGUGCUGCAAUGUAUCAAGUAAUCAAUAAUAAAGUCAAGUAUCUUGGUUUCAUUGCACGCAGUUUGGGACCAUCAGAGCAACGAUGGGGAAGCUCCAAACGUGAAUUAGCUGCUGUUGUGUACGCAUUCAAAAAGUUCCAUCAAUGGUUGUAUGGACGCCCAUUUCAUUUGUUUGUAGACAAUCGCGGUAUUUUGUUCUUACAUACAAAACCUAAACUGGAUAGAAUGGUUGAGAACUACUAUGAUACUAUCUUUGAAAUGGAUUUCGAUAUUACGUUUUGCAGUGGUAUUAACAAUAUAUUGGCGGAUACGUUGUCGCGUCUUUUCUGGCCAUACAAUACGCUGGUGGAGAGUGGUAAUACACGUUCCAUCAAGGAUCUCGACAGGGAGAUAUUGAUUAAACAGGAUAUUGUUAAGCAAAAGGGUAAUAAGAAGAGAAAGAAUACUCAUGAUGAUGAGGUAGUAGCAGCUACUAAGAACAAGAAGCAAAGAGUACUGAAUGAAGAGGAAAAGGGGAAAAAAGAUAUCAAGGGAGCACAAGAUAAGAACACAGUUUUAUCAUGUGAGUCUUCCGGCAUCUCCAAUUCCAGUAAAGUAAUCAUUCCAAAUAAGACUUCUGAUCUAUUUAAUAACUCUAAGUUGACAGCGUAUGCGAAUUCAUUGAAAGGAAAGAAUGAAGAUUUUUACUUUUGCGUCAGUCAUUUAGAUGUUUAUCAAACGCCUACAACUGAUGAAGAGAAACAGAGCAUAUUAGAAAAAUCUCAUCUGCUAGGCCAUUUCGGUAUACAUGCUAUGGAGCAAGUAAUACACCAAGAUUUGAACAUGCAUUGGAAAGGGUUAAGAGAGGAUAUAACCCAGUACAUCCGUAAUUGCCACAAAUACAGACAGUUCAAUCUAGCAAAGCAUGUAUAUCAUCCUCCAAAGCAAGAAGCGCCUGAAGGCAUUAUGGAUCAUGUUGUGUUUGAUCUAGGUGGUUUCGAUUGUACAACGCCUAGAGGCAACAAUUUUAUCCUUGUGGUAUUGGAUCUAUUUUCACGUUUUAUUGUACUGCGUGCUAUUCCUGACAAGUCUGCUACGACUGUUGCAAAGGAAUUAGUGUCCAUAUUUUCCCUGUUAGGCUACCCUAGGGUGGUAGGACAUGAUCGUGGAGCUGAAUUUCACAAUGUCCUGUUGGAAAAGAUCCUGAAGCAUGCAGGAGUGGAGAAUAGAGCUAGUUUGGCCUUUACACCACAAGGCAACAGUUGCUGUGAAGCGGCAGUUAAGAAUUGUAAGACAAUCAUCAUGAAGAUGUUGGAAGGUCGAAGUGAAGAUUGGGAUCUGUACCUGAAUGGAACAGCCUUAAGCUUAAAUGUUCACAGAUCGAGAUUACACGGAAUGAUGCCAUUCGUAGUAAUGUUCCACAGACUACCCAAUGAGUUCAAGGAUUAUCGAGGAGAUAAGCCUGUUCUUCAUGAGAAAGAAAUUGAUGUGAAAGCAUUCAAAGAGAAGCUAGAUCUUAUCGAUAGAAUCAUUGUACCAGCAAUCAGAGAUCAGAUAAUGAAGACGCAAGAUAAGGAUAGUAAAUACUUUCGAAAGAGACACAGAAUCUUGGAAAAUCCUUAUCCUGUUGGAUCUACUGUGAUGAUAAAGAAUAUUGAGAACAAGAACAGAAAGACGGAUCCAAAUUAUGAAGGUCCAUUUUACGUUCAUGGUCAUACUAGAAAUGGAAGCUAUAUUCUUACUGAUAGAACAAACUCGUUCUUAGCUAGAGAUGUACCUACGCAGCAAAUCAAGUUGAUUAGCACAAGUGAUACUAGAGACAAUCCUUCAAAUGCGUAUGUCGUCGAAGCUAUUAUCAAUCACAAAGGUAGCGCACCCAAUUACAAGUAUUUGGUAAAAUGGAAAGGUUAUAGUGAAGAUUGGAAUUCAUGGGAACCUCCAUCUAUGUUUGAUUCUCCUGAUGUGGUCAAGCAGUAUUGGGCGCGAGUAAAUGCUAAUAAUAGCAAGACAUCUAAGGGCAAGGCACCGAAAGCUCUGAGUACCCGAGAGAUUGCUACGCGAGAGACUAAAUCAAGAAAUAAGCGCGAAAGGUUAUUAGCUAAAGAUGAUGUAUAA